AUGCCAAAGAAGGGUCAUGGAAACCCCUUGAGAAAUUCCCGUAAUAAGUGGCUAUCGCGAAUUUUACGAUGGUCAGUUUCCUUUAUUUGCUGGACAUCAUAUAUCAUUUAUCGCGGCUUGGUGGUUGGGAAAAUAAAGUUCGAUCCGAGAAAAGGGAAGAUGAUUAUACACCCUCGGAAUAAUUGGACAAAGCGAGUUGCUCUGAUCCUUAAGAUAUGCCUACUGGUCCAUGAUUAUUCCUUCGCAUCAUAUUUACUUUUGGCGAUUGUUCCAAUUUUUGUGAAAAGUCCAGAAAGACUUUUUGAAAUCAUCAUGGAGUCAAUUAAAAUGCAAAUAACGCUUUGGAACACCGCUCGUCUUUAUUCCUGGCUGAAUAGCCCAUCCUGGAAUCGCUCCUUUGUGAAUCGCGCGAAUGACGUAAUCCGGAUAAACGCUGAUUUGAAAUCAAUUCUGGGUCCUCUUUCCUUGGAAGGAAUCUCGUUGUUGAUCAUUUAUAUAUUGCAUUUGCAAUUUAUUCUGCUGAAGAAUAUUAAUUUUCCUUAUAUAAUACCGAUACUGUAUACCCUGUUUUUGGAGUUAGUUUGCAAUGCCUAUGUGGCUUACCAAGUGCUGCUGCUCUCUUGGAUCGCUGCAAUUAUUCAAUUUCUGAAGGACUACCAGCAGGAGCAGCAGCCAAGCAGAAAGCAACGCAAGAAGCUCCUUCGGCUAAUGCGGAUAUAUGCCAAAAUCAGCAAUGUCCACCAGGAUAUCAAAUUACUAUGGCUUCCAGUGGCAAGCAUGCUUUUCUCGAACAUUGUAGAGCUGGUGGGAAGUUGGUCUUACCUUAUCAGAUGCAUCGUUUUUCACAACCGUCGGAUAAUGAUUAAUAAAUGGGGCAUAUAUUUCUGGAAGCAUCUGGGCGGUGGAAUCGCCCCCUUGUUGAGGAUGCUACUCAUUGGUCUUUUCAAUGACCGAUUGGUCCAAAUGCAGGAAUCUCUCAAUUUGCAGCUUCUGAUAAUCGACCUUAAACAUCCGAAAAUGAAAGAGCUGGAUGUGAACUUUACCAGGGAGCUCCAAAAACUGCAAACCUGUUUCGAUCUCCAGCUAAGGGCACAACCCAUUAGAAAUCAGAUUAUGAGUGUUAAUCAGGUGUGUGGAUGUUCUUUCGCCAUGGACUUCUUCUUCUGUACAGUGGUUAAUUCAAUUAGCUGCGUUCAGUAUGAAAUAGCAAAUGGACAGGAUAUUCUUUACGACUGA